AUGUUGGGGAACUUUGAACAGUAUAAAGAUGACAUCAUUGACCUAUACGAGAAUCAGGCAAAGUCUUUCGCUGAAAUUCGGGAGGUGAUGGAGGGGAAAGGGCUCAAGGCUUCCUCCUUUGGCAUGAACAAGCUAAAGGAAUCUGUUGUGAAUGAAUGUGACGGUUUCAUCGAGUACAACGCUGCGCCGUCAACCUUCGCGCCUCCGUUCUCUUUCGAAACAGUCGCGCGGCAUGCUCCAGACAACCAGCCUAGGUUCAACGGAUACAAGACGAGCCUCAGUGUCAGCCAGGGUAUCGACUUGAACCAUCCCCAGAGCGCCUCCGGGUACAAUAAGUACUAUGAGCAUAGACGCCGGAAUUUCCUUCGCGAAUACCAAAGUGCCUUUGGGGGGGAGAAGAGUACCGUGGCGGAUAGUGACGCGGAGACUACCGUCGGUCAACAUUGGCUAUCUCUCCAGCCCUCUAGCCCAUCGCAACAACUUUUCCGGGAAGCUUUAUCUCCGGCACCGACCUAUAUGAAUGAACCAUCCAGAUCUGGAUCAAAACGCUCAGUAGAGAGCGGGGAUUCUGGAGUCUGUUUAGAACUAUACAUUGACUCCAAAUAUCCAGUCUCAUUUGUACCCCUCCACCCAAACUCUCCAGAAACCCUUCCGACAAGCGAUGUAUGCAGUGGCCCUGAUCCGGUUCCAGAUGCUAGCUCGCCCAGUCCAUAUGCAUCAUUUGCAAGACGCUCUGACAGGCAGGGCUCACCAAGGACUUCCAGUGAUGCCGGACUUAGCGAUGCCAACAACAGCGCCGGUAGCGAGGCGUUCGGCUCUAGUGUUGAUUGGGAUUGGCUGGUGGACGACUUCGAGUUGCCUUUGACUACGGAUGCAGCCUCUCCAUUUGCGGAAUUCGAGGCUGCUGCAGUUCAAGAAUUGGUCGCCUCCUACCGCACAUGGGCUCAGGGACAGGCCGGUUCCCAGGCCAAGUCUUUCACCGUCAUUCCGACGUCUCCCCAGACGGGUGACAGGCCAGCUUCCUUCAAGCGACCUGGGCAGGAGAUCGAAGCACCUACUGAAGUAGAUGGUCAAGGACCACAAGUCAAGAAACGUCGAAAGCAGGUGGAUCCCGGACAAGAUCGUCUUGCGUGCCAUUUUCAGAAAAAGAAUCCACAACGAUAUCCUUCAUGUGGCAUCCGCAAGAACGGCUUCAGGACGGUUGCUGAAAUCAAGCAACACUUUUGGAGGAAGCACCAGCGGAACCCCAACUAUUGUCCGCGGUGUAAAACGAUUUUCGACACAGAACAGCAAAAAGACGACCAUAUCUCGCAAAUCCCUGAGUCUCCUUGUCCGAAGUCGACUGCAGAGCUUCCAGAAGGCUUACCUCACGAACUGGUCGAGGAGCUAAAAUGUCGCGUGGACAAGGAGCACGAUCUCUCUGAGCAGUGGUUCAGUGUGUGGGAUAAGAUCUUUCCUGGGAUACCUCGUCCUCAAAGCCCCACGUUCGAUCUUUGUGGCGAUGUGCAUAUUCACGCACUUGACCUGGCAGCCUACCUCGAGAUUGAGGCUCCCAGAGUCGUCUCCUCAUCGCUGCGGGAUGCAGGUCUUCUCGCUGACCCCUCAGUCAAUAUUGAUGCGUCCACUCGCCGAGUCAUCAACCUUUCCUUCAGGCGUGUGUACCAGGAUUGGCUAUCACAACGACCGGCAGCGAGCAACAGUCCGAGCUCUUCCAACGAGACCUCAAAUCGCGCCCCGUCUAGUAGUGCCGACCGCGCGAUGCUUCUGAGCCCCGUUUCUGCACAGCCUGAUUCCAGCAGCAAUGCAGGCUCUUUAAUGAGGACGUCAGAUUCUGUGCGAGCGGGUAACGGUGACCAAACGAUGGCUUACAAUCCUCAUGCUGCACAGCCUGUCAGCACAAGUAUAUUUGACCGAAUGCUAUCGGAAAUGAACAAUGAACCUAUUGAAAGAUCUUUGGACAUGUUGUGGACUACGCACGAAAAUUGGACAGGUUUUGAGGCGGGCGAUGGGCAAUUCUUCGCGCCCACAGAAGCAGCAGACGAAGGAUUCACCGACGAGCAAAGCCAAUUCACAUUUUUUCAUUCCCCAGCAUCAGGCGAACCAGGUCAUCAUACUGUCGGACCGGGACAGAACAGGACGAAGGACGCAUAA